CCAAGUUCGUACUCCAUUGCCGUGCUCAUUCACAGGAGACAGAGGAGGGAGAGAGGGAGAGAGGGAGAGAGCGAUUGAUGGGUUCCCUUGCAGCAGAGAACCACCAUGCCGUGUGCAUCCCAUAUCCUGCCCAAGGGCACAUGAACCCCAUGCUUAAGCUAGCCAAGCUUCUCCACAGCCUCGGCUUCCACAUCACCUUCGUACUAACAGAAUUCAACUAUAACCGCCUACUCCGUUCACAAGGCCCAAACUCCGUCAAGGGCCUUCCCGACUUCCGCUUCGAGACCAUCCCCGACGGCCUCCCCAUUUCCGAAGAUGACUCCACGCAGGACGUCCCCACCCUCAGUGAAUCCACAACAAAGAACUUCCUCGCCCCUUUCUGCAGUCUCAUCACCAAGCUCAAUGAACGUUCCCCUCCCGUAUCGUGCAUCGUCUCUGACGGCGUGAUGACCUUCACCCUGGACGCCGCUCAAGCUUUCGGCAUCCCAGAGGUCCUUUUCUGGACCGCCAGCGCCUGCGGUUACCUCGCCUACCUCCACUAUCAGCACCUGCUCGACCGUGGCAUCAUUCCGCUCAAAAGUGCGGAGGAUAUGAACAACGGCUUUCUUGACACCCGGGUGGAUUGGAUUCCGGGGCUUACUGAAGGCAUGUCUCUCAAAGAUUUUCCCUCCUUCAUCCGCACAACUGAUUCCGAAGACAUCAUGCUCAACUUUGUGUUGCGCGAAACUAGUCGAGCCUCCAUGGCCGAUGCCAUCCUAAUCAACACCUUCGAAGAUCUCGAAGCUCCGGCGCUCGACUCGCUGCGGAAGAUCCUCCCUCCUAUGUACGCCAUCGGUCCGCUCUCUCUCCUUGCUCGCCGCACUAUUUCAAGCAAAAGCCCUCUGGCUGACAUCACUGCCAGCCUAUGGAAUGAGGACAAUCGGUGCCUCCUUUGGCUAGACAGUAAGCCGCCUGAGUCUGUUGUAUAUGUUAACUUCGGAAGCAUCACUGUGAUGACAAAUGAGCAACUAAUCGAGUUCGCGUGGGGGCUGGCGAACAGCCGCUACAAUUUUCUUUGGGUUAUCCGACCUGACCUUGUGAAAGGAGAAUCCGCGGUGCUGCCACCAGAGUUUAUGGAGGAGAUUAAAGAGAGAGGACUAAUGACAAGCUGGUGCGUGCAGGAAGAACUGCUUACACACCCGGCUGUUGGUGUCUUCUUGACACACUCAGGCUGGAACUCGACGCUAGAGAGCUUAUGUGGCGGCGUUCCCAUGAUUUGUUGGCCUUUCUUUGCAGAGCAACAGACGAAUUGCAAGUACGCAUGCACCGAUUGGGGGGUCGGGAUGGAGAUUGACAACAAUGUGAAACGGAAUGAGGUGAAGGAAUUGAUAAGGGAGAUGAUGGCUGGAGGAAAGGGAAAGAAGAUGAGGGAGAAAGCCGUGGAAUGGAAGGAGAGCGCUGCCAAUGCCAUUGGUCCCAAUGGCCGCUCCGCGAUCAACUUGUACAAGGUAGUGAAUGACGUUCUAAAAAGAAAUUAAUUAUAAAUAAAAUAUACGCUAAAAGCCGUUAUAUUGUAACUGCAUACAUAAAGUUUGCAGCCUAAAAUAAGAUUUGUGAUGAUAUUGUAAACUAUUUGGAUAUGCCAUUUAGAUUUCCCAAAAUAUAUCUUU